AACUAAAAUGGGGUGCGACCAGUUGGCAACGUUGCAUUGUUAUUCUCUCCACUUGUCUCUAUUUCCAUAGUUGCAGAUCAGUGACAUACGUAAUGUGAGCUUGUCGUAAAGAUAAAAAAAUGUAGUUCAAGUUUAAAAUUAAAAAAAAAAAAAAAUAGGCACGCAGUUGAGGUGGACACAACAGGUUACCAAAAAUACUUUAACUCACACCAUUUACGCAUGAUAAAGAUAGCUCAAAAUCGUACGAAAAAACGCUCAAUUUGUUCCAAUUUGCUCUCCCAUAUUGUGGGGAGACAUUACCUAGGAACGAGCGCAGGUCUUGAUUAAAAAUCGUUCGUUAUGGCUGAUAAGUUUGGAUUUGGUAGUGAAAUCAGAGAAAUUAAAAUUGGGCAAAGUUUUUUGGAUAAUAAUUCAACUGCAUUUCAUACUAUCAGAUAUGAUUUUAAACCAGCAUCAGUAGAUGUAAAUAAAAUAGCAACUGUAGAUGUUGCUAAUAACAGUCAAGUUACUGUUACCGUGCCACAUUUAGAUGGAGCAGGAACCCAACAAACGGUGUUUAAAGGCUCACAAAAGACUUGCCAAAAGGAAUGUGUGUUAAUAAUCGAUAAAGUAACUGGAGAUAUUCGCUUGGAAUCCUUAAAUAGUAAUAUUAUCCUAAAGAAAACACGUAGUGUUUCAACAAAACCCCCUAUUCAAGACCGUUCGGAAAAGAACGCCCUCAGUUCUUUAAAUGUCCCGAAAGCUCAAACAUCCCCAGUUGGAAGGCGGAAUUCCAGUAAAACCAAAGUAACUAGUGGAGGUCGCCGCGCAGAACGUAACAUAACCCAGCUUAUUCCAAAACACUCCCCAUUGCAAUCAAGUCCGAAUUAUCCGUCCCCAAAACGGGAUAACCACCAUGGUACCCAUACUGACAACAAUCCAAACGCCCUUGCUAGUUUACCAAUGAUCGGUUUAGAUGAAGAUUUUACCGAGGUGGCGCCUGCGCCACCUAUUAAUAACGGUAUCAAUAGCAUGACUACCAUUAAUCGAGCUGAAAAAUCUCCGAUUUUAAAUAAUAAUUCCGACAAUGAGGCGAAUGGUGUUGGUGAGAUGAGCGAUAGUUCUUCCUCUUCAAAUAGUAGCGACUCAGAAUCAGAUAAUGACAAUGAUGUGACCAUCGUUCAUAAUCCGCACCUUAAUUCAAUUGGAAGUGGAGGAGGGGGAGUCCAUACCACCAAUGGUGGUUUUAAUACGAAUCUCGUCUCCACACACGAUUUAAAAGAUGACCUGUGUUUAUCAGACACAGGAUCGUCCGACUCCGAAUAGAAUAAUUCUUUCAUUGUAUAUGUUUACAGGACAGUAUAGGAAAAUGAAAGUGAAUAUAUUAUUUCUGCAUGAUGA